UGGUCGUAGCCUACACUUGGUCGUACAAUGCACUUUCACUCUCAAUCAAUGCACUAUACGACCACCCUUCAGUUCCAGUGUGACUCAUUUUACACAACCACCUUUAAAGUCUCUAGACACGACAGUUCAUUGAGUGGAACAUGUAAUGCACGAGCUAAAAUGUCUGCAUGUCCCCCACAGCGCCCUCAGAACACCGGGGGAGGCUGCAUUUUCUGGAUUUCCUGUUCUGUCCUUUCAUAUCACGGCGUAAAACCACAGUGCUCACAAUAAGUUUCCACCACUGACAGAACAACAGCUAGCUUUCAUAAGACUUGCUAUGAAAAUAAUGUGCUUUUUACAUUAACGCGGGGUCGACAGGAUUAAGGACGCUUCUACUCAGAAACUCACGGACUUUCACCUCUAUCCCGAUGGGGAACCGAAAAUCACAGUACUAACUCAAAUAACGAACAAUGCAUUUAUUACAAUUCUAGCAAGUGGCAGUUGAUGCGAGCAGAUCUCUAAAAUCUUAUUUACCCAAGGACAUGGAAAACAUAACCGAAUUCCAAAUUAACUUCCAGCGCUAUCUCUUUACACCCGUCUACAGUCUGGUCUUGUUUUUCGGAUUGAUUGGAAACCUCGGAGCUUUGUAUUACUUCAUCUUUAAAAUCAAACAGAAAUCUCCUUCAAACAUAUACAUCAUAAACCUGGCUGUGGCUGACAUGAUUUUCUUGUUCGCCCUGCCAUUUCGAAUCCACUACCACCUCAAUGACAGCAACUGGAUAUUUGGCGAUGCCAUGUGUCGCAUCACUGGUACGAUCUUCUUCGCCAACAUCUACAUCAGCAUCAGCUUCAUGACCUGCAUUUGCGUGGACCGCUACAUCGCCACCCUCCACCCUCACACCUACCUGAAGCUUCGCAACACGAAUCUCACAGCGCUGGUGAGCACCGCUGUAUGGUUGGUCUCUGGGUCGGCUAUGUUGGCAUUUAUGUUAAAAUGCCCAUUAUCAAGCAAAGGGAAAAUGUGUUUUGAGGGCUUCAGUCAAAAAGAGUGGAGCGACUUGGCGCCUUACAGCAUAAGCAGUCUUAUUUUUGGAUCCCUUCUGCCCUCUGCGGUCAUCCUGGUUUGUUACCCCAUCGUGGCCCAUCGCAUCGCCCGGAUCAACAACUCCACCGCCCGCGGGGCACGGCGGAUCAUCUACGCCAUCCUAACCAUCACCCUUCUGUGUUUCCUUCCUUAUCACAUCGUGCAUCUUGCAUACCUCAUGACACGCUUGGAAAACAUUAAAGAGAAUGACAUGAUUUUCAUCAUCCGUAGGGUGACCAUGGCUCUGGUCAGUCUAAACAGCAUGUUGGACCCGCUUCUGUACUACUUUGCCACGGGUCACUACAAGUGGAGGCUCAAAAGACUGAGGCUGAAGAAGAAAAUGGGUGUUUUUUCCAUUUCCAAUAGCUUUUGAGCUUCUGAAAGCUUCGUUCCAACUGAACUAUUUCAAGAGAGGAAAGAAAGCACCUAAAAUUAAUCCGUAAAGCCAAAAAACUGCAAUACAGAAAUAUGGACUCCAGUGUGGCUUGAACAAUCGGAGUCAGGAUUUUUCUCAUAUAAUUGUACUAAUACAGUGCCAAAAUCAAACAAGGAAACUUAUUGAUAGACUGAUAUAUUGGCCAAUAUUUGGCUUUUUUUAAUGAUCUUGGCAGCUAAACUGAUUCCCAACUGAGUCGGCUCUGAAUUUUACUGACUGUCAUUUCAGUGGUUCAUGGAAUUUUGUAUUUUUUUUUGUGUCUCGUUUCAUACCAUUUAAAUAUUACAUAUAUUAGUAGAUGUAAAUGUCUGUAUCAUCAUCACUGCAUUUUGU